AGCAGUGUGAAGAAGAAGAGGCGAGAGCGACCCCCGGGCCGACCAAAGCCCGCGCGCCGCUGCAUCCCCGCGUCCAGCGCCAACGUCCCGCCGCCGUCGCCACCAUGCCCAAGAGAAAGGCUGAAGGGGAUGCUAAAGGAGAUAAAGCCAAGGUGAAGGACGAACCACAGAGAAGAUCUGCAAGGUUAUCUGCUAAACCUGCUCCUCCAAAGCCAGAGCCCAAGCCUAAAAAGGCCCCUGCAAAGAAGGGAGAGAAGGUACCCAAAGGGAAAAAGGGGAAAGCUGAUGCUGGCAAGGAUGGGAAUAACCCUGCAGAAAAUGGAGAUGCCAAAACAGACCAGGCACAGAAAGCUGAAGGUGCUGGAGAUGCCAAGUGAAGUGUGUGCAUUUUUGAUAACUGUGUACUUCUGGUGACUGUACAGUUUGAAAUACUAUUUUUUAUCAAGUUUUAUAAAAAUGCAGAAUUUUGUUUUACUUUUUUUUUAAGCUAUGUUGUUAGCACACAGAACACUUCAUUGUUGUUUUUGGGGGAAGGGCAUAUGUCACUAAUAGAAUGUCUCCAAAGGUGGAUUGACAUGGGGGAGAAAAGAUCUUUCCCUUCUAGUUUUGAGAGACCUUCCUCUUGGUUCCCAGGAGGAGAGUUCUCUUGAUGUUGACACACAUGAGCCACCUUGGUACAAACGCCUGGUGGUGUGGAAAAACUAAAAUUCGUUUUUAUGUCCUCUUGACCCUCUCCGCCUUCAGCAUAGACCUGACUCCCUUAAACCCAGAGACCUCUUGAGACUUGAUCCAAAAAAAUUGGUUACCAGUAUGUCAGGCAAUCUGGACUUCCAGUGUCACCAUUGAGAUGGUAUCCCUCAAAAGAGCAGUGGUUCCGUUUUUAGAUUGUGGAUCUUCAGAUUGAUAAUUCUGCCAUUUUCAUUUUAUUUCCUGAAAGUCAGGGUCGGCUUGUGAAAAGUUGUUAAACAACAUACUAAAUGUGAAAUGUCAACCCUCACUCUAAACUUUCCCUGUUCAGAGCAUCAGAUGAAGACUUCGUUGGGUUUUAUAGUGGCUUUCUGAUUUUGGUAGUCCAUUGAAGAAGGGAGUUUGAAAGUUGUUGUAUACUGUUAACGAUUGUCUGCCCAUGUCCUGCCUGAAAUACCAUGAUUGUUUAUGAAAAGUAUCUUUAAUAAAGCUGGAUACAGUUUG